AUGUCUGUUCUUAACAACUCUGAAGUGAAGUAUUUUCUUCUGACUGGGAUCCCAGGACUAGAGCAUGCCCACAUGUGGAUCUCCAUUCCCAUCUGCUUCGCGUACCUGGUUGCCAUCCUGGGCAACUGUACCAUUCUCUUUAUCUUAAAGACAGAACCUUCACUUCAUGAGCCCAUGUAUUAUUUCCUUGCCAUGUUGGCUGCCUCUGACCUGGGGCUGUCUUUCUCUUCCCUUCCCACCAUGCUGAGAAUCUUCUUGUUCAAUGCCAUGACAAUUUCCCCUGAUGCUUGCUUUGUUCAAGAGUUUUUCAUUCAUGGAUUCACUGUGAUGGAAUCUUCUGUGCUUCUAAUUAUGUCUUUGGACUGCUUUCUCGCCAUCCAGAGCCCUCUCAGAUAUAGUUCUAUUCUAACUAGCAGCAGAGUGGCUAAAAUUGGAAUUAUCUUAGCUUUUAGAAGCCUAAUUUUAGUGCUUCCAUUUCCCUGUACUCUAAGGAGACUAAAGUAUUGUGAAAAGAAUCUCCUUUCUCAUUCAUACUGUCUUCAUCAGGAUAUCAUGAAGCUGGCCUGUUCUGACAACAAGAUUAAUUUCAUCUAUGGCUUCUUUGUUGCUCUCUGUACUAUGUUGGACUUUUCACUGAUUGUGCUGUCUUAUGUGCUCAUCUUGAAGACGGUACUCAGCAUUGCUUCUCUGGCAGAGAGGCUGAAGGCCCUGAAUACCUGUGUCUCCCACAUCUGUGCUGUGAUUAUCUUCUAUGUGCCCAUCAUCACCUUGGCUGCCAUGCAUCGCUUUGCCAAGCACAAAAGCCCUCUAGUUAUUAUCCUUAUUGCAGAUAUAUUCUUAUUGGUGCCACCCCUGAUGAACCCCAUUGUGUACUGUGUAAAGACUCGCCAUAUCCGAGAGAAGGUCUUAGGUAAAGUAGUCAACAUCUGCCUCAGAUAA